ACCACGAAUCCUCGUCACAAACCCAGGUCCUUUGCUGUGCUCGGCGGACCAGGCUCGGGGAAAUCUACCAUCUGCGCAACAUGGGCCAAGCUGGAUGGCGGCGUUAUGCACAUUGCUAUUGGAGACAUCUUGCGUAGCGAGGCAAAGCGACCUGACAGCCCGUAUGCCGAAGUCCUUAAAGCCAAUCUUGCAAAAGGCGCAAUCGGCGAUCCGGAGAUGACAGUCGGUCUCAUCAAGGACUACAUCCGCACCAGGAUACGCAGCGCAACCGGGCCUAUCCACACCUAUCUUCUCGACGGAUUCCCUCGCGCUGUUGCGUCAGCCCAAUACUUUGAGCGGACCGUCGGUCCCAUCAGCAAGGUCAUUGUCCUCGAUAUACCCGAGGCGACUCUCAUAGAUCGAUGUCUCCAGCGAAACCGGUCUGAUGACAAUCAUGAUGCCAUCCGAGAACGCAUCCGCGUUUACAACACCAAGUCGGCCGAGGUUAUCUCUGCUUAUGCGCUUCGUGGCAAAGUC